AUGAGUGACAGGAGGAGAUGCCCGGGGGUCACACUCAGCUCCAGGGCUCAUGCAUUCUCAGUGGAGGCGCUGAUCGGGGGCCACAAGAAGAGGAAACUCCGGGACUGGGAGCCCGACAAGGGCCUGGACCUCUCUAUGGACGGACUGAGCCCCCAGGGAGAGCUGGGGGACGGGGAGGACGGGGGAGCCUGCCUGGACCUCAACCCUGAUUCUGAACACAGCACCAGCUCAGAUACCGAGGUCCUGGCGGAGAGGACAUCCUGCUCCUAUGAGACGUGUCCGGAAUUGGCUCCUUCUCGAGUCCCUGACCCCCAACCUCUAUCUGUGUCCUCCAUGGACGAGAUCCAAGUGGAGCUGCAAUGUGCCGACCUGUGGAAGAGGUUCCAUGACAUUGGGACAGAGAUGAUCAUCACCAAGGCCGGCAGGCGAAUGUUCCCAGCGAUGAGAGUGAAGAUCUCAGGUUUGGAUCCUCAUCAACAAUACUACAUUGCGAUGGACAUCGUGCCCGUGGACAACAAGAGAUACAGAUAUGUCUAUCACAGCUCCAAAUGGAUGGUGGCUGGAAAUGCCGACUCCCCGGUUCCUCCUCGUGUUUACAUCCAUCCAGACUCCUUGGCCUCCGGUGACACCUGGAUGAGGCAGGUGGUCAGUUUCGACAAGCUAAAACUCACAAACAAUGAGCUGGAUGACCAAGGACAUAUAAUCCUGCACUCCAUGCACAAGUAUCAACCCCGUGUCCAUGUCAUUCGAAAGGACUUCAGUAGUGACUUGUCCCCAACCAAACCUGUGCCGGCAGGAGAAGGAGUGAAGACAUUCAACUUUCCUGAAACCGUCUUCACCACUGUCACCGCCUAUCAGAACCAACAGAUUACAAGGCUGAAGAUUGACAGGAACCCCUUUGCCAAAGGAUUCCGGGACUCAGGAAGAAACCGGACGGGCCUGGAGGCUAUCAUGGAGACAUACGCAUUCUGGAGGCCACCAGUCCGCACUCUUACCUUUGAAGAUUUUACGACCAUGCAGAAGCAACAAGGUGGCAGCACAGGGACGUCCCCCACCACCUCCAGCACUGGGACCCCGUCCCCCUCAGCCUCCUCCCACCUGCUGUCUCCAUCUUGUUCUCCUCCAACCUUUCAUCUGACACCCAAUUCCUUUAAUGUCGGCUGCCGGGAAAACCAGCUCUGCAACCUUAACCUGUCGGAAUACCCAGCCUGUGCCAGGAGCAACAUGGCCGCCCUCCAGGGCUACUCAGGUCUGAGUGAUAAUGGAUACAACAGGCUGCAGGGAGGGAACUCCACUGGCACUCAACCAUCUGAGACCUUCAUGUCCCAGAGGACUUCUACCUUAAUCUCUGGAAUGCCUUCACCUUCCUCUCUGCCAAGCAACAGUAAGAUGGAUGCCUAUAGUGGGCAGCUGGGCUCCUACCCGACCUCACAGUUUCAGUAUAUGAUGCAGGCGGGGAACCCUUCCUCCAGCUCCUCAUCCUCGCACAUGUUUGGAGGUGGCCACAUGCAGCAAAGCUCCUACAAUGCCUUCUCCAUCCACAACCCCUACAACCUUUAUGGAUACAACUUCCCAGCUUCUCCUCGCCUGGCAGCGAGCCCGGAGAAACUGACUGCACCACAAGGCACUUUACUCUGCUCCUCACCCUCUAACGUUGGUUUUGGGGACAGGCAGUACCUCUCCUCCGGGAUGGAGGCCAUGCACAUGAUUGGCAACCCUACCACCAACCAGCAGGCCACCAAUGCCUGUGAAAGCAGACAGUACGGCGCUGUCCCUGGGUCCUCCUCACAGAUGUCCGUUCAUAUGGUUUGAAGCCCAUCUGGGUCCGCGUGGGGUUGGACAGUUAAAAGAAAACCAGAGUGCCUUUAAGUAGUAGGAUUGUCGUGGAGCCACGGCCAUCUCUUAUUUCAAUGGAAAAUGGUGGAUAUACAAUGCAAUAAUCACGGACGUAGCAAAACUCGUAGAUCUCUCCUGUUUUUGGAUAUCUUUGAAGAUACUUUGGACAUGGAUGGAUGUGAAGCCCAGCUGGAGUCAUUUACCAAAGUCCAGGACCUGACAAUCAUUUUAGUACAAGAACUUACAGUCCAAGAAUUUUACCAUCGAUGAGACUUUGUGAAUGUUACCCUCCUGGUUGGACACUUGUGGAUGGGUCUGUGGGUAUCACAGGAUCAGUGAUUGUUUGGGUAUCACAGCUUGGAUAUUUUCAGCAGUGUGGAGGAACGUUGUGUUACUGGAGACUUGUUAAGGGUUGAACUUGUGACUCCACGUGGCAGACCGGCUGCUGGGGGAGCCAAGCGUGGAGCUAAAUCUGGAAAUGGGAAAUGAGGGAGAAAAUGCUCCUUUGAACUGGUCAUUGGGAAGUGAGGUGGAACGGGCUGAGGAAAGUUGCAGACAGAGGCUUAAUGUAAUGUUUCGGGCCUGGUCCAGAUCUUCAGGGGGUCAUCACAUGUUCACAUUAAGUGUUGAGUGGAUCUUCGUUCAAACAUGUCAUUUUUUUUGUUUCCUCCAGAUACAGUAUUAUUUACUCCCAUGUAAAUAGGGACACGACUUCUUUAUUUCUGCCAAGUGCAACAAGCUAUAGAGACGUGUUCACUUUAGGAAACAUUGAUACAAGAAUCAAAGCUCUUCAUGCACUUUGGAAUGGUGGUGGAGCGGUGGCAACUUCUCUGUCAAUGUCAUCGAUAACCUAUACACCAGGGAAUCAGACUAGAAUGUAAAAGAGAGAUCGGGACUGACCAGUCACAUCGGGGGGAGAGUUUGCUACAAUGUAGACACCAGACUGUAACAUCUACAAGGCCUUCACCAUGUGUCUCCACUUCUGAUAGAUGAAGCUUUUACGCCAAAGAUCGAUAGUAAUUUGUCUUCCAGAUCCUCGGGUCCCCACCGGUUGUGCCUUACACUAAAUAUUUGUGCCUUAUUGAUGUUAUUGCUGCAGAGUUUUAUACUUAGGUACAAUGUACGGGGGAUGUCCACUAAGGUUAAAUGUGUUUGAUUUCCAACCCCUAACGGGAGCUUCUUUAUGACCUUAUUUGAUGGAAAUUGGGCUAAUCGACCUCUGGCCACCCUGCUUAAUAGAUGCAUUAAGACUCGUUGUGUUCCUGGGGGAGGUUGUUCAAUCGUGAAUCCCAACGCUCAGGCAGAAAAUGACAAAAACCUUAAAGUGUACCUGACUAUUUUUUAUGCAUUGUCACUUCCUGUAUUUUGUCCUGAUUAGGCUGUUACCAGAGACAGAAUUCCCCUAACAACAGGCAGUGGACAGCAGAUUACAGGGAAUCGAGAAACCUAUAGACUUUAUAGCUAUUUUUAGUACAUGUUUGGUAGAUGAAGGGUCAAGAAUCAGAUUCGAGAAGUUGUUUGAAACUAUGUGAACAUUUAAGUGUCUUUUUUCCUUUCACACCCAAGAGAAGGACGCCCAUCCAAGGAGGACUUUCACAUUUCUAGUUGACAUAAACCUUGGGGGAGAUUUAUCAAAACCUGUCCAGAGGGAAAGUUCCUGAAUUGCCCAUAGCAACCAAUCAGAUUGCUUCUUUAAUUUUUAAGAGGCCUUUUCAAAAAUAAAAGAAGCGAUCUGAUUGGUUCCUCUAGACAUGUUUUGAUAAAUCUCCGCCCUUAAGUUACAUUUUUUAGCUUCUUGUGCUGGUUUAUGGUUUGAGGUAGAACCCUCCUUCAGAUUGAUGAGACUUUCUUACCACUUAGUGGGCACUCCACACAUACGAGUUCACCACCCAUUGAGUGCAAACUACAUUCGAGAUUCCCAAGACUUAGAUAUUUGGUAUUUCCCUGGGAGAUUUUCCUUAGGAUGACCCUACAUAAUAAAGAAUAAAUAGUAGGGCCGGGCCAUGUGAACACUGUCACAGUUUAAAAGUGCCACAGGCUCGAUAUUUUCUUGGUGCCCUCUUCAUUGUCACCUGUACCCGUUAUUUCUUAUACAUCAGGCAUGGAUGAGGACAGGUUGGGGAGGUCGGGUCAUCUUGCUCUCCGGGGCAGAUUUGGUUUGUAUCCACUGUGUAAUUAUUGCUUUAUCACUUAGUUUAUAUGGCUUCUCAUUGUGUCUUUCCGCUUCAUGAGAGCAGCCGGUCCCUACAACCCACUUGUCACACCACCACGGCCCAAACCUAAGGCGGCAUCAAAAAUUAGGGCGGCACAAAAAAUCUAUUUAUUUGUCAUUUGGUAUCACUUGUUUUUAUAUACUGCUAUGUCGUACGGUGUACACAGGACGGGAAGACAUAAAAGAGUAAACCGCAUACAGUCCCGGGGUGAGGGUCUGUAGGGUGCCGCCUACUGCGCUCAUGAACAGUAUAAAACUGCAGCUGUGUGAUAACGCUAAUAUAACAUAAUCUGAUUUCUGUUUGGAUGUGAUGUAGAUAAUGAUAUUUAAGUGAGAAGU